AACUUUUUUUUUUCUGCUAGUCUGAGUUUUGCGUCUCUUUCACUUUUGGCGAUGCCUCCUAAAAAACCGGCAGCGGACUCUGCGCCUCAGCCGACAUCAAGCGAUGCUCCCUUGGAGGAGGCCGCUGGGAAGAAGAAACCUGGUCCUGCAGCGCUGCGCAAACUGACGUGUCAUCCGCCCACGGCCGUCAUGGUGCGCGAGGCGCUCACAGACUUGGACUCACGCAAAGGGGUCUCAUCCCAGGCCAUCCAGAAGUACAUCAAGCUGAAGUACCCCUCAGCAGAUGGGGUCAUGCUGAAGCACUUGGUCCGCCGAGCUCUGCUGAAGGGACUAGAGAGUGGGACUCUGGCCAGGCCCCCCAGCUCCACCGUCACUACAGGCAUACAGGGACGAUUCAGGCUUGUACUAAAAAAAGAUCUCAAGCCCAUAAAGGAGAAUGCUGAUCCAAAUAUGGAAAAGGCUCCAAAGGAAGCCAAAGAGGGGGUUAAACGACCCCAAAAGACAGGGGCUACUAUGAAGAAAAAUGCUGCAACUGAAGAGCCGAAGUCUACAAAGAACCCGAAGCCUCCCAAGAAGGCCAAGAAAGAUGAAGAACCUGCUCCGGCCAAGAAACCGAGAGCUAAAAAAGCUGAGGCAAAAGAAAGCGGUAAAGGAAGCUCUGAUUCAACCAAAACUAAAGCAAAGACAACAAAAGAGCUGAAAACUGGGAAAGAUUCCCAGAGCAAAGCUGUGAAGGCUGCUGGUGAUGCUCCUGUCACCAAGCCAGCAAAACGAAGGAAUAAGUGAACUUGGGAGUUUUUAGAAUUUUAAACUUUUUUUUUGCUCUAAUAAAGUUACUUUUUAAUUAAA